CGAUUUUUGUGAAUGGAUGGGAGCAUGAACAGGUGGGCAUGCGGAAUCACGCCCACCCAGAAUACAGAUACAAGACAGGUCUAGCACGUAGUGUCGUGACACAUGGGCUGUUCUGGCAUCGACUCGCCGUUAAGAACUACGAGGAAUGGAGCCCGAUGGCUCUCAUUACUGCCACUGGAAAGCACAGCGCAAGUGCUUGCAUUAGCGGGGCGACUCCAGCGACGAGGGAGAGCUUUUGCGUGCCUCAAAUUUGUAGCGGCAGCUAGCGCGAAGCAGGUUUGCCCUGCGUUGCAGCGGCCAGGGCGGCAUGAUUGAGAAAGCGCGCUUCGGCAGACGGACGAUCAUGAUGCACGUUUCUUGAGGACGACGGUGGGAGGCGCGAGGCGGCCAGACAAUGAAAGGAGUGGAUCGCGACAAGGGCGGCGGGCCGAAGGAUGGGGGGCCCUUUGAUAAAGUAUUGCCAAGCGAAGCAAGUCUACGCUGGGUACAGGAGGGGAGAAAGACGAAGAACGGCGAACAAUGAGCACGGAGGGAAUGCUGCAGCUCCAGGGGAACGUCGAGGCGUGCCCCAGAGCUGUUUGCCAUGCCGUUUUCCAAGGGUAAAAAGAGAACGUGAGAGGGGAAGAGAGAGGAAGAGGGCGAGAAAGGAGCGGGACAUGGGGCGAUAUUCGGCGAUUUCUCAGAGGCUCCUGGCAAUUGAGCGUGGUCAAGCAGGAUUUUGCGUACGGGGAGCAGAAGCAGCGGAAUUUCGGAGCGGGCACGCGCGAGCAGGCGGGCAGCGAGAGAAUUUUGGAGUGUGAAAACGUCCAGUGUGUGUGUAUUGAACGGCACCGAUUACGUGCUGGCACGGUGGGGAGUUUCGCGGUUGGGAAGGUCGAGGCGGCGUGUGGGCUAAGGACACAGACGGCAUGGCGCCAAACAAACAAUGCAACGAACUGGGCCAGUGUUCCCUCGACGUGCUUGACGGGAUGGCACGAAUGGUCGACGCGGACGCGCGCGUGGUGGCUCCGUUGUGCUUUCUCCUGUGGCCAGGACGCUGGAGGAGACGUCGUAGCCGGGCGCAACACACAGCGGC